AUGGUCACGUGCUGGGUGUUCCUGGUCGCGGAGGCCCUCCUCAUCGCGGAGAUCAACGUCCACCUGCGGCGGCGGCGCAACAAGGACGGCGGUAACCGCCGCGGGGAGCUGGAGCUGGACCUGGAGGUGAUCUCCGUGAAGAGCAUGGCGCAGGAGACGCUGGGCGAGUGGGGCGGGCACCUGGCCACCGCCACGCACCUGUUCCUGUCCUACACCUCCAUGGUUGCCUACGCGUCCAAGUCCGGCGAGGUGCUGUCGCGCCUGGUGCCCGGCGUGCCCGGGCCCGUCUCCGGCGCCGCCUUCACCGCCGCGCUCGCGAUGCUCGUCGCCGGAGGCGGCACGGCCGUCACCGACCGGGUGAACCAGCUGCUCACCUUCGUUAUGAUAGGUAUCGUUAUGAUAGUGAUCUGCGCGUACCUGGAAGGGGAUCUCGCGAGGAUCCGGCUGUCCAUCCUCGUGGGCAGCCUCGUGCCGCUGGUGUCCUUGCUCGUGUGGGACGACAUCGCGCUCGGCCUCGCCGCCACGGAUCUCGCUGGGUUUGACGUCCUGGACAUGUUAAAGACAGAAUGGAGCCACACCGUGCUGGAGACGUUCUCGCUCCUGGCCGUCGGGACGUCGCUCAUCGGCACGCUGCUUGGGGCUUCCCAGUUCUUCAUCGAGCAGAUGACCAAUAGCCUAGCCUCUUCACCAGCCCAACAGCACGAAGAUGGAUCGGAGCAGCAGCAUCCUGGUGCUGAAUCGGUUCUGGAGAAGAACAGGCUCAGCUACGCUGCUACCGGAAUCGUAGUUGUCCCGACCAUGCUCAUCGCAGCUACCGUCCCCAACUCGUUCUGCAUAGCUACUGACAUCGCGACUAGUGUGGAGUAG